ACUAGGUAAAAUAAACCCUUAACAGAAAACCGCCAAAGCUACUUAACUGGCCUUUAACACUGAUUUAGAUAUUUACAUUCACAUCAGGUCACCUCAACACCAGAGCCUUCAUUACUCACGGCGGUGCAAACGGGGUUUAUGAGGCCAUCUACCACGGUGUUCCCAUGGUGGGCAUCCCCAUGUUUUGUGACAAGCCAGAGAACAUGGGUCGUAUGAAAUCAAAGGGGGGUGCAGUUAUGAUGGACAUAAAGUCUAUGAAGGCUAAGGAUCUUAGAGAUGCACUCAAUGCUGUCGUCAACGGCAAAUCGUACAAGGAAAAUGCCAUGCGUCUGUCCAGCAUCCACCACGACAGACCAAUGACUCCUCUGGAAGAGGCAGUGUUCUGGAUAGAGUUCACUCUAAGGAACAAAGGGGCUAAACACUUGAGGGUCCAGGCCCAUCAGCUCACCUGGUACCAGUAUCACAGCCUGGAUGUCCUGGUUUUCCUCCUCACUGUGGUCCUGCUGCUCAUAGUCCUCUUGGUGAAGACCUGCACAUUCUGCCUGAGGAGGUGCUGUGGCAGAACAGGAAAGAAAAAGACUGAGUAAUGGGGUGAAAGUUAAUGUAAUUAUUAACAAACUCAUUGUCUUGGGCGUGUACUAAAUUCUACCUACGAUAUAAAUUUUUGGCUUGAAACCAGUUAAUUGUUACAACGCUGACCAACUGAAUUUAGAAGAAAAAGUAGAAAGUUUUAAGGUCUUAAACAUAAAGAAAUGAAAUAAAAUCACCAUUAACUUGACCAAAUUACAUUUAUGUG